AGCGGCAGAGAGGAUGAAGGCAGCAGCGGCAGCGGAGGCAGCUGCAGAGAGGAUGAAGGCGGCAGCGGCAGCGGAGAUAGCGGCAGAGAGGAUGAAGGCGGCAGCGGCAGUGGCAGCAGCAGUGGUGGUGAUAGUAGUGGUGGCAUUGGUGCCACGGUGGCUUCCUUCGAGGCUCGCCAAGAAACCUCUCAAGGUGGAAGAUGUCAUGAAGCUGCUGUGCUGCAUCACUGAGCAGAGGGAAAAGAAGGGGAGCUUGGAACCAGCUGUGGGUGGAGUUAUCGGUGAUCUGGUCAGAGGCCCACCUGGAGCUGCUGUUGUUGGUGCUGUUGGGGGUCUCUCACAUACAUGGAUGAUAAGCGGACAGUUCAAACCAAUUCCUCAAACCAUAAUGGAGCUGCUGCCUGAUAAGAAGCAAAAGCUCUAUAAUGAAGCCAUGGUCAUCCUCAAGCACCUGAAGUGGAGGGACACCGAAGAUCUGACCACACUGGUCAUGGGCAGUGAGGCCCUGAAGAUGCAGCUGCUGGCCAUGCUGGAAAAGUGCCUCAAAGGCUGAAGUCCAGUACAUUGAUUUCAAAGCUAUUUCUGGAAAGCAGGGGUCUCAUUUAGAUGAUUCUCCACAGGGUGGUGGGCCAUUUAGAUGGUUUUCCUGACUCAUAGAGGUGAUUGGGAGUUGGGGCAAGCCUCACCCAUUCAUUGCUCAUGG